AUGUCGCUGAAAGUGCAAACGAGCAACGUGACCAACAGGAAGGACCCCGAGUCCAUAAACUCGCGCGUGUUCAUCGGGAACCUGAACACGGCCGUGGUGCAGAAGGCCGACGUGGAGGCCAUCUUCUCGCAGCACGGCGAGGUCCUGGGCUGCUCCGUGCACAAGGGCUACGCCUUCGUGCAGUACGGCGGGGAGAGGCAGGCGCAGAGCGCCGUGCUCGCCCAGAACGGCAGAGUCCUCGCCGGCCAGACGCUGGACAUUAACAUGGCGGGAGAGCCCAAACCCCAGAGAUCUCCAGGUGUGAAAAGACCAGUGUCGGCUCUGUACAGCGGUUACGACUCCUUCAGAGACGACUUUUAUGAGAGACUUCUGGAUUAUCGCAGCCGGGCCUCGCUCAUCCCGCGGCCGGUGCCUGUGAAGCGCCCCCGCGUGGCCGUGCCGGUCAUGCGCAGGGUGAAGUCGCUCCCGGUGAAACUGGCGUCGCGAUCCCCCGUCGCCGGAAGCCGCUCUGUCAGGCACAAGCUAAAGACCAGCGAGCUGCAGGCCAUCAGGGCGGACCUCGCACAGAUCAAGGCCAACAUCGACACCCUGCUGGGCCACCUGGAGGUCAUCACUCAGAGCACAGAGCUCCACAGGGCAGGCGAGGGUAACGGUGAGGUCUCUGCAGACGAAUCGGCUACAGACACAGAGUCCCGUCACAACCACGAGGAAGAGGAGGGAGACGAAGCAACACAGGAAGAGUGUGAAGAGUUCACGGAAUACGAUCACCUAAAGACAGACUCCAUACUUCAAUAAAGGCAAGUUUUACCAGUGCCUGUUUAUUAUAUUGCAAUACAAGGUGGUUGUGAACACGGUUCUGGCCUUCUCUCUGGGCUCAUUCUGCACGCUCUCACCCCACCAGCAGGAGGCAGCACAGA